GGCCAUAUUCUAAGGAAAAAAAUAACAUGCUCUGCUUCUGCCUCAUUCUUUUGCUAGAAGAAAUAUCUGGAGGAAGAAUGCUGUCGUUUUCAGGCUUGCCUGGGACCGGCAAAAUUAGAGAAAAUUCUCCAGCUGGUGCUUGGGUAUAUACUUUCAAUGUCACUUUAUCACCAUCCAAUACUCUGGAUGUAGGAUAUCCUAAAAUAAUAAACUCAAACCCACUCACAAAGGCUUUCAGGAUCAAUCCUGUAUCUCUGCUUCAGUACAGUGUUGCCACCAGCGGAGACCCUGUUCUAGAUUAUGAAACUAUGCCCCACAUGUUUGACUUGCAGAUACUUGCUCUUGACAUCAGUGGAGAGCGUACCCUACAAAUACUGACUGUUGAGAUACUUGACGAAAAUGAACCUCCAGCGUUUCAAGGCAAUCUUGCAACCCAAACCGUCAUGGUGUACAUCUUGGAAAACAGACCACCAGGAAUUAUUUACCAGUUACAUGCAGUUGAUUCUGAAAAUUCAACAUCUACAAGACUCUUUUAUUCAUGGACUCCAAAAGAACCAUUCUCUGUUUCUGAAACUGGAACCAUUUCUUCUUCAAAAGCAUUUGAUUAUGAGAAAGAUCAGCCUAGCUAUUUGUUAAACAUUACUGUGACAAAUGGACAGGAUCUGAGUACAUCUAGGACGGUCAUAAUCAAUAUCAUAAAUGUCAAUGAUGAAUCACCUUACUUUACCACAACAAGAAGAGUUUUCGAGAUUAAAGAAGAACAACAGACAGGAACCAUUGUUACCACAAUAACAGCUGUGGAUCCAGACGGCUUUAAUAACAGCCUCCGCUACAGGAUCACUGCUCCUCAAGGGAUUCCUUAUUUCUCAAUAAAUCCAGACAAUGGUGUUAUUCAAGUGGCCAGAAGAAUAGAUCGAGAUACUCCACCAUUAAUCCAACAUCCCAAUAUUUCUUUGGAAAUUCUCGUUGAGGAUAGUCCUAUCAAUGGACAAAGUAACAGCACUACAAUUGUGAUAACCAUUCAAGACAUUAAUGACCACCCGCCGGAAUGCCAGAGAUAUAUUUUCAGAGAACAAUUUGAAGAAACGAUCAGCACAGGAACAGUAAUUGUGGACUUGAAAAAUAAAUGCUGGGACCGUGAUGCUGUGGCACCCAACAACCAGUUUAACUUCACUGGACUGUCCGGAGUUGGAAGCCAUAAAUUUGCACAGAACCCACCUGGCUCUGGAAGAAUCGCGCUGGUGGGAAAUGUGGAUCUUGAGAAUGGAACUGGUGGAGCAGAGAAGGACUAUAUUCUGAACAUUGUGGUGCAAGAUAUUGUUUGGCCUUUCUAUCGUAAUAAUAUCUACAUUUUUGUUAGAAUACUCCCUGUCAAUGAAUUUGAACCAGUCUUCAGUAGCCCUUCAUAUGUAUUCAAUGUAUCGGAAAUAAUCGCAGUGAACUCCGGAAUUGGAAAAGUAACUGCAACAGACAAAGAUGUACCCUCUACUGGAAUAUCAUAUUCAAUUGUGGCUGGAGGAGGCACCCUAGACUACUCAGAAAUAUUCUGGAUCGAUCCUGAGGAGGGCACUAUAAAAAUUGUUGCUCCAUUAGAUUAUGAAACGAAUAUGAGUUACCUUCUCACUGUGCAGGCUUCUGAUGGGGGCAGUAUAAGCACUGUACCGGUAACAGUGAAUGUUCUUGAAGCAAAUGACGAAAAACCAGUUUGCUCAUCCAAUUCACAUUUCCUGGAGAUCCCAGUGGGCCUGGCUUCUGGCACCAACAUCAAUGGUCUCUAUAUAUCAUGUGUCGAUCGGGAUUCAAGUCCCAGAUCUUUCCGUUACUUUAUUAAUGCAGGUAAUGUGAACAACCAUUUCACUUUUUCGCCAAGCGCUGGCUCUGGUACCUCGCGGCUGAUUCUUCUGACCCCAUUUGACUAUGAAGGAGGCCUGGACAGAAUCUGGGAAUAUAGGCUGGAAGUCUUCAUAACAGAUGAUAAUUUAUUAUCAGUGGCUGACAGAUCUACUGCCCGUGUGCAAACGGGUACAGUGAAAUUAACCAUCAAAGUCAUUCCUGAUCCAACCACUGUGGUCCCAACAACACCAGGAGUUACCCUUGUGACCAGUAGAGAAAAUGUCUAUUUUGUUUCGGCUUGGUAUGUGCCCUUCAUCAUUUCUCUGAGCAGUCUGCUCCUCCUUGGACUUCUCGGCUAUCUAACCUUCUUGCUGGCAAAAUACAUCCGUACCCACUGCCAGCCAAAGCCCAAAGAAGACAAAAAGCCACUGAUAAAAACACCAGAAAAGAAGAAAGUUAAGAAAGAAGAAGUUUGGGAGAUGACCAACGUAAAUGCUGUUUUUGAUGGGGAAGCAAGAGAUCCAGUCACUGGCCACUUGUAUGAAUUUAAUUCAAAGUCUGGCGCUCGCAGAUGGAAAAACACAAACGUGCCUCCUGAAUCUGAAGCAAAGGAUCCAGCGGCAAGGGUAACAACUUCUAGAACAAUCCCUGGUCAAGGGAAUCAAAGCAGAAAGGAAGCUGAAACUGGUGUCAGAAAGCAGGGAAGAGAAGACAACAUGGCAUCAGCACCCCAGGAACAGAAGACUGAGAUUUCUGACGAAGGUAAUGGCCAAAAAUUACAGGUGCCAAAAGAAGAAUCUUGGGUGAAUGGGUCAGCAGUCCACCCAAGCAGAUCAUCCGUUCCCCCACACAGGUCACCCAUCCCCUCUCCCAAAAUAUAUCCUAAAUAUCAAAAUCAAUCUUAAAACAGGAAGCUCUUUUUGUCUAGAAUCCAGAAAACCCUUUGCUGCUAUU